UGAUAUUCGAGGUGUUCCGAUUGCCAAAUGCGUAGUUUAAUCAUAAGGUGGAAUUCCCCCUAGUUUCUCUUUCAAUUGGUGUUCAAGUUUCCAAGCUGCUUAACAGGAUGUCGGAAAUUCCAGAUUUCACUCGCAAUGUGUCACUCAGACUGUCUAAAGUACUUGAUGAGAUAGGAGUGAACGAAAGAAUGGUUAAAAAAAGACGGCGACUGGAGAUAAUGUAUGAAGCAUUGUUAACGAUAGGACAAAAAUUAUCAACACAUCAAGAUGUGAAUAUAUAUAUCUUAGGUAGUAAAGUAGAAGGUACUACAACAGUUGGACUUAAUUCUGACAUAGAUGUACUUUUAACACUUACCAGGUUCAACGUUAUACAAGACUGGAGUGAAUGGGAACUUGGUAAAAUAAAUCUGUUAAUGAUACAGGAUGAUACUGUAUCACCAGGAUAUUGCUUAUUACAGACACUCAGACAGGAUGCUCCAUUUCCAGAAGAAAAGGUAUAUGAUCAGAGAUGGUAUAGAGAUAGAAAAGGAAGAGUACUAUUAAAAAAUUCAAUAGUUAAUCCAACGACUGAUGCGGAACGUGUUAGACAUGGUCCAGAACAAUCAAUAGAUGAAAAACCUGGCUUCUAUGGUAAUGACAUUGUCCUUGGAUUUUCUUGUCAACAGUGGCCAUUACAAGCUAGACAAUGGAUGAAUCAGCAAAGUGAAGGUCAGUGGCCUACAUAUGAUAUGAAACAGUAUUGUAAAGAUACGGGAUGUUUCGUUGUAGGAGUUGGAAGAAAAGGUAGUGUAAAUGAAGAACUUGAAUGGAGAAUAUCCACUUCCCUUGCUGAGAGAUUUUUAAUGUUAAGUCUCAAUAUAACACAGAUCAGAUGCUAUGUCUUAAUGAAAAUGAUUAUGAAAACGUUCAUAACCACACAAUGCCCUGACAGCAUUUCAAGUUUUAUGUGUAAAACGGUCUUACUUCAUUGUAUUAAAAGUACAAUCAACAAUGCUUGGAAAGAAAACACCUUACUCAUUUGUCUGAAUUAUUGUCUAACAAUACUUUACAAUUGUGUUGUAAAUGAGUAUUGCCCACAUUUUAUUAUUCCAGAGAACAAUUUAAUGGCGAGACGUUUUACUCCAGUAACAAAACAAAUCAUACUGGAUAGACUAUCUUGCAUUAUUAGCAGUAACGGAAGUGCUUUACUUGAAAUAGAAUGUGACCAACUUGGGUUUAGAAUUCAAAACACAUUUUUGAGAUUAGUAGAGAUUGUUCCUGAAUACCUGUCUUGUAUGAUUUCAGGACAACUAGUUAAAGAUACUGCUCACACAGUCAAUGAAUGUGUCAUGGUCUUGCUCACUAAAAUGAAUAAAAGCAAUCCCAUUAGACUUCUAUUGAAAACAUUAUAUAAAUACCUUAUGAAAGUAACUCAUCAUAUGAAUCAAGUGCAACAAAAAUUAGCAUACCGCGCAAUAGCUAAAUGUCUAAGCAUGCAUUCAGGAUCCGCACUGGCUUCAAUUAACUUACAAAGUGAACGCAGUGUCUGCCGAGGGUCUUUCGAUUUGAUGACGUUAGGUCUAAACAUUGAUGUAGCAUCGGGUAAAUUGAAACUAGCCUCAAUUUUCUAUUGUACUGGGGAUAUUGAGAGGGCAGAAAUCAUUUUGAAAAACAUUGAAGAAAAUUACGAUCUCAGUGUUGUUGAACCAAUAUGUAAGUGCUACGAUUUUCAACACUGUAAACGCAAAUGGGCAUUUCAUAAAUUAUGUUAUGAAGCAAAUGAUGAAUAUGCAUUGCUACAGAGUAUAACUGCUUUCUGUGUCAGGUUUCUAAGAUGUGAAAUAAACUGUUGUCCUAAGGAACUCCAACAUGAAAUGUUCAGAUCAUCACAACAAGACCUCCCUUAUAGAAGUUACCGUGAUGAAUGGAUGGAUUUGGCUGUGGUAGAUUCUCUACCUUAUUUAUACUUUCUACAGUAUAAGACAUAUUCUCAUCUCAGAAGGAAUCGGGAUAAACAGGCGGCAAUUUCCAACCUUGCUAAAUGCAUUGUAGAGGAGCCAAAUUUCGGACACAAAGAAACAGCACUAAACCUUCUAGGUCAGUGUAUGGAGCAAGAAAACAGAAUGGAUGCUGCUUUAAAGUGCUAUCUGUUAUCUCUGAAAAUACGAGGCAGAAAUAACGCUGCAAAGUUUCAUAUCUGUAGACUAGUAAGCUCAAUGUUGAGACAAGGUUUGCAUUAAAAUGAAAAUGGAUACAUAUACAUUUUGUGACUGCGAAAAUACAUAUGCUCCUUUAUUGAAAUUCCUACAUUUGAUAUAUUUUCACAAAGGAACGGUAUAUAUUACAGAGUUUACAUCUUCUUGACGGUGUGUAUGAUUAUUUGUAAGCAUUGAAUCAAGAGUUAGAUUGAUAUGAUAUUGUCAGACUUGUAGAAGAAUGAAGACGUUGAAAGUAUUAUGUAAAUAUUUUUAACGGAAAUUUAAACAAAAUAAUAUAAUUCACUAUCUAAUUACAAUACAUGUACUUGUAUAUUUUAUUAGCGUAAAUAAGUUUUUUUUUAAAGAUAACAUAUCUAGCGUUUACAAUCUAAACAUACGAAGCAAACACGAAUGUAUUUAUCUUUGUUUAACAGAAUACAUCAGCGUGCCAAAACUAUUAAUCAAAUCAUAGUUAUUUUAUAUCAUUUAUCAGAUAAGGUAAAACAAAUCUAUUUGUUAAGCGGUAAUAGGGUUUCAAAACGGCUACCUAUCUUGAGCAGAGAUGUUUACGAUAAAUGAAAAAUUUCGGUAAUGAAUUGUUUGAACAGUUUUUAUGAAAAACAAAACCCUCAGUGAAAAUUUAGCAUGCAGAUCAAAUUUUACAUUUAUUUAUUUCAUAUUUACUUAUUAUUAUUUUUUUAGAAAAAUAUUUACCCAUACACAUUCGAAAUUAAAUAUUUUUGGUUGUAUUAAUUAACGUUGUUUCAUUUUGUUGCAAACAUAGAACAUAUAUUUUAGUACAAGUGUCAUGUAAAUGUUAAUUAUAUACUGUACGCCCGAAAUAAUUUUCGCAUUAAUUGGUAUGCUUAAAUGAAACCAUAAUGCACAGAGUUUAGAUAUUUGGCAUGUAGCAUUGCUUAGUUGUCCUCUUUGGAAGUUUUGUGAAUCAUGCACUUACAGUUGCAUGAAUUUUUUUUCCCUAAUUGAAAAAUUAUUUUUGACUACUCAAACAAACGUUUGUUCGGGAAUAUAUUGGCCAGUCUUUGUGGUGCUCUUGUUUAUAUAUUGUUAUAUGUUAGCUGAAACUUAAAUCAAUUAAAUUGAAAAGAAAA